CUGACGUCGUCGCGUAGCUACCGUUCUGGGAUGCGGAAGGGGGGGGGGUAUUUGAAGAAAAGCGAAGAGAUUGUUGUCAACAACACGGGUUUCUACACUGCCCUGGCUAAUUUCACAAAAACAAAUAACAAGAUGUCAGAUACAGACACGAAACCUUCAGGUCAGGAUGGAGGAGAACAAAAGGAUGGGGAGUACAUCAAACUGAAAGUGAUCGGUCAGGACAACAGUGAAAUUCACUUCAAAGUGAAGAUGACGACCCAUCUGAAGAAGCUGAAGGAAUCUUAUAGCCAGAGACAGGGUGUUCAUAUGAGUACCUUACGGUUUCUAUUUGAGGGACAAAGAAUCUCAGACAACCACACUCCAAAAGAGCUGGGGAUGGAAGACGAGGACGUCAUCGAGGUCUAUCAGGAACAGACCGGAGGACUUCGGAAUAAUUAGUCUUCCUGGAUUUAACUUUUUUGU